UGCAGUACCAGAUUGCCAGUUUGACAGCCGCACGCAGACGGAAGUGACCGAAACAGACUCAGAAUCUGACAGUUCGAACCUUUUCUCUCUCUUUUUCCGGCAUCGUGUAUGCUAGUAGACACAUUUCAUCCGAGCUAGACCACAAUGGCCGAUACAGCAAAGAAGCCAGCCGCCAAGAAGGCUGCCGGUAAGGCCCCCAAGGCCGCCGCUGCCCCAGCUGGACCCAAGGGUGUGAAGAAGUCCCAGACCAAGGAAGCUAUCCUGGCCCGUACUCACAAGCCAAAGGGACAACGCACCGCCAAGGCCGCCCUGCCCUACCAGAAGAAGAGCUACGGACGCCUGUGGGCCAAGGCCGUCUUCACCGGAUACAAGCGCGGUCUGCGAAACCAACACGAAGGCCACGCCAUCCUGAAGGUUGAGGGAUGCCGCAACCGGAAGAACGCUCUGUUCUACAUUGGCAAACGGUGCGUGUAUGUGUACCGUGGCAAGGCCAAGCUGAACGCACCGGGAGCCGAAAAGAAGUCCAACAUUCGCGCUAUCUGGGGUAAGAUCACCCGCUCGCACGGAAACAGCGGAAGCGUGAGGGCCCGUUUCAAGACCAACAUGCCCGGACACGCCAUGGGACACCGCAUUCGUAUCAUGCUGUACCCAUCCCGAGUUUAAGAUAGGUCAAACUUACUGUGUAAAUUUGCAAGAAAUAAAAGAAAUGAGGGGAUAAGCCUAACAAAAGUUUAA